ACUCCCCCCACCCCACCCCCCUCUCCUCUCCUCCUCCUCUUUUUUAGAAGCAGCGAUCGGAGAUGGAUGUCUCUCUUUGCCCAGCCAAGUGUAGUUUCUGGCGGAUUUUCUUGCUGGGAAGCGUCUGGCUGGACUAUGUGGGCUCCGUGCUGGCUUGCCCUGCAAAUUGUGUCUGCAGCAAGACUGAGAUCAAUUGCCGGCGGCCGGACGAUGGGAACCUCUUCCCCCUCCUGGAAGGGCAGGAUUCAGGGAACAGCAAUGGGAACGCCAGCAUCAACAUCACGGACAUCUCAAGGAAUAUCACUUCCAUACACAUAGAGAACUGGCGCAGCCUGCACACGCUCAACGCCGUGGACAUGGAGCUCUACACCGGCCUCCAAAAGCUGACCAUCAAGAACUCAGGACUUCGGAGCAUCCAGCCCAGAGCCUUUGCCAAGAACCCCCACUUGCGCUAUAUAAACCUGUCGAGUAACCGGCUCACCACACUCUCGUGGCAGCUUUUCCAGACGCUGAGUCUUCGGGAAUUGAGACUGGAGCAGAACUUCUUCAACUGCAGCUGCGACAUCCGCUGGAUGCAGCUGUGGCAGGAGCAGGGGGAGGCCAGGCUGAACACCCAGAACCUGUACUGCAUCGGCGCCGACGGCUCGCAGCUCCCUCUCUUCCGCAUGAACAUCAGCCAGUGUGACCUUCCCGAGAUCAGCGUGAGCCACGUCAACCUGACCGUACGGGAGGGUGACAAUGCCGUCAUCACUUGCAAUGGCUCUGGAUCACCCCUGCCUGACGUGGACUGGAUAGUCACUGGGCUGCAGUCCAUUAACACCCACCAGACAAAUCUGAACUGGACCAAUGUCCACGCCAUCAACUUGACGUUGGUGAACGUGACGAGCGAGGACAACGGCUUCACCCUGACGUGCAUCGCGGAGAGCGUGGUGGGCAUGAGCAACGCCAGCGUGGCCCUCACCGUCUACUACCCCCCGCGCGUGGUGAGCCUGGAGGAGCCGGAGCUGCGCCUGGAGCACUGCAUCGAGUUCGUGGUGCGCGGCAACCCGCCGCCCACGCUGCACUGGCUGCACAACGGGCAGCCCCUGCGCGAGUCCAAGAUCAUCCACGUGGAGUACUACCAGGAGGGCGAGAUUUCCGAGGGCUGCCUGCUCUUCAACAAGCCCACGCACUACAACAACGGCAACUACACCCUCAUCGCCAAAAACCCGCUGGGCACAGCCAACCAGACCAUCAACGGCCACUUUCUCAAGGAGCCAUUUCCAGAGAGCACGGAUACCUUUAUCUUGGUCGACGAAGUGAGCCCCACACCUCCUAUCACUGUGACCCACAAGCCAGAGGAAGACACUUUCGGGGUGUCCAUCGCGGUCGGGCUCGCUGCUUUCGCCUGUGUCCUGCUAGUGGUUCUGUUCAUCAUGAUCAACAAGUAUGGUCGCCGGUCCAAAUUUGGAAUGAAGGGUCCCGUGGCCGUCAUCAGUGGCGAGGAGGACUCGGCCAGCCCACUGCACCACAUCAACCACGGCAUCACCACGCCCUCGUCGCUGGACGCCGGGCCCGACACCGUGGUCAUCGGCAUGACGCGCAUCCCGGUCAUCGAGAACCCCCAGUACUUCCGCCAGGGACACAACUGCCACAAGCCAGACACGUAUGUGCAGCACAUUAAGAGGAGAGACAUCGUGCUGAAGCGAGAACUGGGCGAGGGAGCCUUUGGAAAGGUCUUCCUGGCCGAGUGCUACAACCUCAGCCCAACCAAGGACAAGAUGCUGGUGGCUGUGAAGGCCCUGAAGGACCCCACCCUGGCUGCCCGGAAGGAUUUCCAGAGGGAGGCCGAGCUGCUCACCAACCUGCAGCACGAGCACAUCGUCAAGUUCUACGGGGUGUGCGGCGAUGGGGACCCCCUCAUCAUGGUCUUUGAGUACAUGAAGCACGGGGACCUGAACAAGUUCCUCAGGGCCCAUGGGCCAGAUGCAAUGAUCCUUGUGGAUGGGCAGCCACGCCAGGCCAAGGGCGAGCUAGGGCUCUCCCAAAUGCUCCAUAUCGCCAGUCAGAUCGCCUCGGGCAUGGUGUACCUGGCCUCCCAGCACUUUGUGCAUCGGGACCUGGCCACCAGGAACUGCCUGGUUGGAGCUAACCUGCUGGUGAAGAUUGGAGACUUCGGCAUGUCCAGAGAUGUCUACAGCACUGAUUACUACAGGCUCUUUAAUCCAUCUGGAAAUGAUUUUUGUAUAUGGUGUGAGGUGGGAGGACAUACCAUGCUCCCCAUCCGAUGGAUGCCCCCCGAAAGCAUCAUGUACCGGAAGUUCACCACAGAGAGCGACGUGUGGAGCUUCGGGGUGAUCCUCUGGGAGAUCUUCACCUAUGGGAAGCAGCCGUGGUUCCAGCUGUCAAACACAGAGGUCAUUGAGUGCAUUACCCAAGGUCGUGUUUUGGAGCGGCCCCGAGUCUGCCCCAAAGAGGUGUACGACGUCAUGCUGGGGUGCUGGCAGAGGGAACCACAGCAGCGGCUGAACAUCAAGGAGAUCUACAAAAUCCUCCAUGCACUGGGGAAGGCCACCCCCAUCUACCUGGACGUUCUCGGCUAGUGGCCGGUGGUCACAAAGUCAUACUCUGUCGCCUCCUCCCUCCCCACCUCACAUCUCUCCUAACCACCUCACCACUCCUCUCCUCCAUCCUCGACUGAAGCGAACAUCUUCAUAUAAACUCAAGUGCCUGCUACACAUACAACACUGAAAAAAGGAAAAAAAAAAAAACGAAAGAAAAAAACGCUGUAAGGCAGUUUGGCAUAUAUAUAUAUAUAUAUUUAUAUAUCUAACUAUCUAUCUAUCUAUAUCUACAGAGAGACACCUUCUCUAAUACAGAGAGAAGCUGCUGAUAUGGAAAACCACAAGACUUUAACAACUCAGAAAAAUCUUAAAUAUUAAUGCAAAUGAAAAUUCCUUUUGACUGAAGCUAUGGCCCGUGCUUCUUUAGCUCUGGCUUUUGCAAGUAGAAGACCUUGACUGUGCAGAGACAAUCUUUGGGGUGGGAGCUUUGGGAGGGAGGAGCCAGGGCCACGAGCCAUCCCUGCAGAGAGUGCUCGCGCACAGCCCGCAGGGAGAUGACGCCGGACCGGGCACUGGUGGCAGCCCUUGUCUCCUCUGAUUGCUGCCUCCACACUCUGCCCUGUCUUCUUCACUUCAGAACAGUUUUCUAAUGUGUCCAUUCUAAGAAGUCUACAUGCUUCUGGGAAUCACCUACGGGUAAACAUGGAACAAACACCACCACCACAACACAAAACCUAGAUGAGAGCAGAAAGCAUCCAGCUUGGGUGUAAACUUCUUGCUACAUAUGGAAAGGAUGUGCCAUUCUAUCCUCUGAACUUAAAGAACUGGACUUUCUGGACUAAAAGAACCACAGAAGAAAAAACAGCUGAAACCUGAACCCUGACCAGCCACUGCCACCCGUCUCUCCAUCACUGGACAGACUCCUUGCCCCUCCCCUGCCAUUUUCAGCCCUUGGGGAGUUUGGGGGAUUAGGAAAUGGCUCCCUCCUAUUGUCUGUGAAUGUAGACACAGGGCUUCGGGGCUCCAAGAGCAAGAGACUGAGUUGCGUGUGGGUCAAUAUAAGGGAUGCCCCCACCGGGUCCCUUCAUUUCCUCACCCCGCGUCCCUAUAUCCCAGCCCCACUUGCUGAGCCUCCCCAAGCCCCAGGGAAGGCAGCCAGGUCCAGUGAGCGGCAGGGGCAGCGUCUUAGGGAGCCAGGCAGUGGAGCAGGCAGGAGCCGGCAGGGGAGAACCGACUUGGCACCUGCACCGGGCACCUUGGCAUUCCCCUCACGUUUCCAGCCCCUGGGAGGAUUGAUGCAUCUGCCUUUGAGCUGCUGCGAAAAUGCAAGGGCUGAGAAAUCGCUUUUGUGGGCUGGGGUGGGGGGAGGGGCUGAGGCUUGUCUGGGAGAUGUCCGAUGAGCGGCCGGCACCACUGGCUUGGCAUCGCAAUGAGGACCGAGGCCUGACCAGGGAGAAACAGGACAUGGCUGGGCUGGGGCCAGCUCCCUCUGCCUCGGCACCAGGGGGUCACCCCCUUCCCUGCGGCUGCCGAGGACCACAGCAGGGCAGAUCUCUGGGCCUCCCUGACACAUGACAACGAAAUGCCGUGGAGACCAACAGCCGGGCCCCACAGGGCCCUCCUGCUGGGGAGGAGAGGACGUGCUCCUCCCAGGCCACCCGGCCCGGCCGCCUCACCCCGAGCACAGAGCUACCGAGCGGACUGACCUUUGCCUAACUGUAGCCUCGGUGGUCUCUGGCUGCUGCUUCCUCCUCAGCCACGGCAGGGCAGGGCCUGCGGCAGCCCGGGCGCCCCGGCCAUCGCCAGAGGCAGCUGAAGUGUGGGCAUCCCUGUGCGGGGUUCAGAACUGAAUUAUGUGUGUGUGGUUUUGCUUCUUUUUUUUAGACCCACCAAUGUUUUUAUUCAAAUAGAAAAGAGCUGUGCUCAGAUUGUAGCCGUGGUUGGGAUCGGUCAGCGAGGCUGCCCAGCUGGGCGGGGAGGGGACAGGGGCAGCGGGGUGCGGGUGGGUCUCACACGGUGCUUCGCGCCCGGCCCUGGGGGCUUUUGGGACAGGCUCUUUGGACUGAUCACCUCAAGAGGACCCUUUGCCAUCCCACGCAAUUACCCCUCUGUUCUUUCCCCGGGGGUCCUUGGUCUGCGCCGGGGCAGUGAGCGCUGGAUGAUGCUACUACGUAGCCUGGCUUUGAUCCAGGUAACUGGGGAAAAGGUGUUGGGGGCAGGAGCGAUCUGGAGGGGCCGGAGGGGCAGGUGUCUUCUGGUUAGGAGUGAGGUCCCAAGGCUCCUGGUGCUUCCCUUCUCCCUCAUCCUCCCCCAAGCAGACGCAGUGUGGCUUCUUCUAGACAGUAUGUUUCUGGAACCUCAUAGUCACCGACGGGCUGGGAAGAAGGAAAAGGAAACGGGUUGGAGGUUGCUGGGCGACUGGGAAUGCGGCCUGGGCUGGGGUUUCAGCUCAGAGCUCGGAGUCGUCCUGGCCUAGUGAGAAAAGGCAUUUCCCCUGGGGAUGAGGAGCCCUGCAGGGGACGGCAGUUGUCACCUUGCUGGCGCCUUAGUCCCACGGGCCUUCGUGCUGGCUCCGGGGUCAUGUCUGCGCCAUGUCCCUCGUAAGCAGCUGCCUGGGGAAGAGUCCAAGAGACGGGGUGGCGGGGCAGGGAGCAGCAGCAGAGAGGUAGGCCCUGCCCUUGCUGUCCUCUUCGUGCAGAGUCUGUUUCAUGCCUUGAGUUUUCAACCUCAGCAGGUAGAAAAAAACAAAAUUUCAGAGAGUAGAGGAGGCAGAGAGGAGGGCUAUGGCAAUGCAGGGGUACGCUACAGCUCUGGGGGGCUGUGCAGUGUAUUAUUUCUCCUGUACUGGGACAGGACUGAUAAGACUCACCCCACUGUGUCUUGGUUUCCCCAUCUGCAAAACGAGGGGUGCACCUGCUGAUCCCUGACUCCUUCUAGCUCUGAAUUCUUAGACUCUGGCUAUGUUGAGUCGCUGUGUCAUGUUUCUCGGUGCCACUCUGGGAUGCCAGGACAGCCCUCCCCAGGCCCCGCAUGGACGGAGGGCAGUUGCCUCUGAGGGCUCCCUGGGCGUGGGCAGGGAUGAGUGCCAACAGCACACUCCUCCUUUGUCCCCACGUCACAACAAUUCAGAGUCCGAAGUUUCUGAGACGACUAGGAGGGGGCGUUUGGUCUUGUUCCCCUCGCCGGCGUUGCUACAUACCAGAAAAGCAUCGUCAGCGGUCGUUCUAUUUAUUUAUUUAUUUAUUAAGAGCCUAAUGUGGUUAAAUGAGUCUUGAAAUGGCAUCCCAUUAGCCAAUUUGGCCACCCCAGUCCACCCUACCUUCAUCCCCUCCCCCCCAUACCAAAAUCUACAUUCUAGAAAAUGGUGCCAGAUUGGACUCCGAGAGCUUAGCUUAAAGCAAGCUCCACUGUGACUGUUGGUUCCAGGGCACCCAGGCUGAUGUCCCUGCCAUGCCAUCCUCACCUGGACCUCUCCUGGACCGAGCAAGAGUGACUUUUCUGUUGGAUGUCCACCUUGUAGUAGGGUGUCAUGGCCAAGGGCCCUCCUAGUUCUUCUUUGCUUUGGAUAUAAACCUUAUCCUGCCCUCUCAUGAUACUCCUGAACGCUGAGUGGACCUCGGGGGUCACUAAGCCUCCUCUAGUCAACACACAAGACGAAGGACUUGCUUCUUCCACUCAGCAGAUCAUGCACAAAUUACCCCUGGAGAGAGGCUUCCCACCGGGAGCAAAGGAUCCUUGGUCCUUCUGGGUUCAGGUUGAACGUUAAUGUUCUUCUCUGGUGAUGCUUACUUUGCAGAAUACCCUAGUGCAAGUAUUUUUUUGGUGCUAAACACUAUGGAAACCAACGCCAACAGGAGAGCUGCCGGCCAGCUUCUGGGCUGCAUGGUAACGAAAAGCCGGUCAGCCGUGCCAGGAGACCAGAGGGGACAUCAGACGUUAGUUAGCAAUGUGGAAAGACCGUCAGCAUUUCUAGUUUUGCUCUGAGUUACCUACAUGAUCUUGUCUAAAUCAGCUAAUCUCUCAGAUGAUCAGAUUUCUCAUUUGAGACAAGAGGUCGGAAUAGAUAUUUUUAGAGUUCCUUUCAGUUAAAAAAAAAAAUAAAGCCGUGCUCUGCUUCUACCUGCUUUGUUUAAAGCUUGCUUGUUACAAAUAAGA